AUGUCGAAUGUCGAGGGUAGAAAACCGAUGCUGGGGAGGAAUACAGGCGUGGAGCUGGUCCCACGACCUAGCGAGUCUCCUCUUGAUCCUUUAAACUGGCCACAAUGGAAAAAGGAACUCGCAUUCGGCUCCCUUGUCCUCGGUGGCGCCGUCAUCGGUAUUCUGAAAACGAUACUGGUGACGGUAAACGGCGUCAUUGCUACAGAGUUGAAUUGCUCGUAUAUGGCAGCGACAGCCUUGACUGGCCUGCCGUUGAUCAUCGGUGCAUUUUCUGGGAUGGGAAGUACGGUUCUAGCGCAGAAGGUUGGGAAAAGGGGAAUCUAUCUUACAAGCUCGGUACUUUUGCUUGCUGGUGCUAUUUGGAAUAUGCAUGUCGAGCAGAGCUAUGCUCAGUUCAUGGUAUCGAGGAUAUUUCAAGGUGUUGCUUGGGGUGCUUUUGAGUCGUUGGUUUUAACUUCUUUCAACGAUAUGUUUUUCGUCCAUCAACGAUCCCGUCAUGUGGUACUGUACAACAUCUCGAAUAUCUUCUUCACGUGGGGAACCCCUAUUCUCGGUGGCUACCUCUCGCAAACCAACCAAGGCUUCCGCAACCAAAUCAUGGCCAUAAACAUAAUCCAAGCCUUCUCCAUCGUAUUCCUCAUCUUUGCCACGCCCGAAACAACAUUCUCCCGGUCCUCCACUUCCACUUCGACCUCGCAGUCCCCUAACACAACAACCGUCUCCGCUCCCUCAGCAGGGAAAUUCAAAUCCUACCUCUCCACCCUCCGCUUCACCAUUCCGCCUAGUUCGAGCACGAGCAAGAGCAAAAUGACGCGCCCCCUCCGCGCUCUAGCAGCACCAACCACAAUCCUCACCUUCCUCCUCACCGCCCCGCCAACAGCAACAGCACUCGCCGUCGCUUCAACCCUCUCCCUCCUCUUCAGCAGCAUGCCCACCUUCCUCUUCCCCGCGCGCAUCGGCUACCUAUUCAUCGCUCCUCUCGUCCUCUCCCUGCUCCUCUACACCGCUUCCUCUUUCACCUUACCUCGAGCACCGCGCUCCAAACAGGCACAUACACAGCCCUUCCUCAUCGCCAUCCCGGCCUUGAUCCUCGCUUUCGCAGGCACACUCGCCUUCGGCUUGUACACGUACGGCAAACUCAUGUCCACGACCCGCGCCAAGGGAAGCCAGUUUACGUUGUAUGUCCAGGGUCAGGAUCUCUCGCUGCAGAUCGUGUCUGUGCUGUUCGGGUUGCUGGUUGCAGGGGCUGUGCUUGUGAAUGCAGCUGGUGUUUCUAUAGUCACAGCCACAUCCGCUCUCGGAUCUAAAUCACAACAAGAUGAAGAUUUUGAUGAAGAGGAAAGUGCGAGUAAUGCGCUGCAAUUCGCGCAUAAGCUCCUCCAAGACGUCCUAACAGGCAUCUUCAUCAUCGGCAUGCCGCUCUGGGUCAAAAGCGGCGCGGACAUGCUAGCCGGGCUUAAAGAUGCAGCUAUCGCGCUGGCGGUCGUGCAAGUUGUUAUUGGGAGUAGUGUUGCGGCUUUGUUGUGGGCUCAGGGGGAAGGGGUGGCGAGGUUGGAUGCUAGAGUUCUGGGGGUUAGCGGAGGGCGGGGGUACGGGCAGGAUGUGUUAGAGUUGAAGAAAGGGGAUAGCUAUUUUGAGGCUUGA